AUGUGGAAGGUCGUUACAUACUUGAUCUUUGCGACAGCAACGCACGCGGCGCCGGCGGUAAACGAUUUCGCUAACGUUAACCAAUUCGCACUACAACUAUUGGAAAACACGUAUGCAUUUCAAGAGAACUUUAACACGAAGAAUGUUGUACUGUCACCACUCUCAGUGUGGAGUAUAUUCUCGCUUUUGGCCGAAGGAUCAUCAGGGGAUACGUUCUUCGAACUUAUGAAUGGAUUGAGACUCCCUAGGGAUUUGCGCAAGACACAAUCUUUACACAUGGCUUUGAACAGCCUUUUGAAUAGUGGCAAUCAAGACGUCAUUUUGAAAGGGCAAUCAGCUAUGUUUACCGAUUGCUCUUUAGAGGUUCAUCCUGAGUUUUGUCAAGCUGCAACAUCUUAUAACACAGACAUCUACUCUGUUGAUCCUAGCAACACUACAAAGCUGGCUAACGAUAUAAACUACUACGUGUGCCUCGCCACAGAUGGAUUAAUAACAAACGCAGUGACAUCCGAAGCUUUGGAAAACUUAAGAAUGGUAUUAGUCGACGCUUUAUACUUCAAAGCAACUUGGACUUAUCAGUUUGAUCCAUUGCAAACUAAACAGGGUGCCUUCUAUGAUUCUUUGGGAAAACAUGUCGGUACAGUUAAUUUAAUGUACCAGAAAGCGCCCCAUAAUUUAGCGUAUCCACCUCAAAUCGAAGCUCAAGUUUUAGAAAUGACCUAUGGGAAAUCCUCUCAGUUUUCAAUGCUCAUACUUUUGCCAGCCAAUGGUGUACCUGUAAAAAAGCUAUUGAACAAUCUCGCCACUAAUUCUCUGGACUGGAUGGAUGAGUUAAGAGAAUCAGGAGGUGGUACAGAUAUAGACGUUCUUAUUCCAAGAUUUAAGAUUUCCACGCAACAAGAUUUAAUUACACCUCUUCAAUAUAGUGGUAUCCAUUCUAUUUUCGAUGCGAUGAAAGCCCAGUUGCCAGGUGUUUCUGAUACUCCUUUAUACGUCACUAAGACUAUUCAAAGUGUUGAGUUGGAAGUGACUGAAGAAGGAACAACAGCAGCCGCUUCUACAGUUGUAGGUUUAGAGAAUAGAAUUUUAGGGCAAAGGUUUGAAGCUAAUCGUAUGUUAAAUUUAUCAUGAAUUCUGAACAUGGGGUAAUUCUGAACAUGGCGUGGGAGAGCCACGCUUCGGCAUGAAUGGGCCGGCUCGACCGGAGUGAUACCACGGCCUCACAGAAAACCGACGUGAAGCAACGCUUGCGUUGUGUUUCGUCGUGUGAGUGACGGUACCCUCCCUAUUUCCUUCCCCUCUACCCCUCAACCCUUCCCUCCCUAUGAUCCUAUUAGUCCCUCAAAGGCCGGCAGCGCGCUUGUAGCCCCUCUGGUGUUGCCGGUGUCCAUGGGCGACGGUAAUCACUUACCAUCAGGUGAUCCGUCAGCUCGUCCUCCCCCUAUCAAAUAA